CCCUUUCCGGGGGAAAUGCAAGAAGGCACCGGCGCCCCAGGGCAUGGAGCUUCCCCGGGAAGAGAGAGAUCUCCCCCCAAAGCUACCUCUCCGCACCUGCCGGAAUCGCAGAGCCACAGCGGCAAGCGUGAGGGGCUUCCAUCCCCACUGGUGGCGGGCGCUUGGGGAAGCCUGCUCUCCCGCUCUCCUUCACCUUCCGAGCUGCCGGCCCCUCCCGGAGGCAGUGCCCACCAAGGGCCUGAACGGAACGGCGGCCCAUUUUUGCAGGACGGUGGUCCUCCCGGUGGCCGUCCUAGACUAGUCGUAGCCGGCACCCGUGGGAACGAUAGCCAUUCUGUCUCUAAUGCAAAUGCGGCUAAUUCUGUGGGAUUCUCUCCUGCCAGUAAUUCUGAAUCUCUUGGGUCUGAUUUACUAACCACCACUUUAAGCGCUGGUAGCGGGGCGGACGGUUCCUCCUCGCCCCAAGUGACUCCAUCCGCGGGCCACUGCUGGCCCGUACCAGCUGACUGGUCCAUUUGCAGACGUCUGGGCAUUGAGCGUUUCUGGCUACCCAAUUAUCUCAAUCACAGCAGUGACUUGCAGAUACGGGAGGCUUUGCAUGAGUGGGAGGGGCUUCUCCGAUCGCAGUGUCACCGCUUGUUGGAGUGGUUUUUCUGCUUGGUGCUGGUUCCUCAAUGUAACGCUUCUCUUCCGAUAAUGCCUCCGCCAUGCCGGGAGUUCUGUGAGGCCCUGAGAGAUUUCUGUUGGAUUCAUUUGAAAGAGGGCCAGCUCCCAAUCUCGUGCGAGUCUCUCCCUGCUGAGGAAGAUGAGUAUUCUUGUGUGUUUAUCAAUGUUUCUGCAGAGAAUUUCAGCAACGAAGUUGGGCUUCUGCAGCUUAUCGGAGAACCACCCCCAAAACAGAUAACGCAAGUGUACGAUGCCGCCACGGGCCUCGGCUACGUCUUCGGGCCCGAUGCCAACUCCGGCCAGGUGGCCCGCUACUAUGUCCCCAACCCCUUCUACAAAGACUUCUCUCUCAUCUUCCACGUUAAACCCACCACGGAUGGGCCCGGAAUGCUGUUUGCCCUCACAGACGCCACGCAGUCCUUGAUAUUUGUGGGCGUGAAACUCUCCAAGGCGACCGACGGGAAGCAGCGCGUGAUUUUUUAUUACACAGAGCCGGGCUCCGAGUCGUCGGUGGUGGCCGCCCGCUUCAGACAGCCAUUGCCGGCCAGGCAGUGGAAUCGCUUCGCCGUCGGUGUGGAGAACAUGGAGGCGGUUCUGUACGUUAACUGCCAAGAGGUUGAGAGGGUUAGCUUUGAGCGGUCGCCGGAUGACUUGGUUCUAGAAGCUGGAUCUGGGCUCUUUGUGGCUCAUGCCGGAGGGGCCGACCCAGACAAAUUCCAGGGGGUGAUUGCAGAAUUGAAGGUGAGAGGGGACCCCCAGGUGACAAGUCUUCAGUGUCUAGAUGAUGACGAUGAUGAUGACAGUGAUGGGUCAUCUGGAGACUACGGAAGUGGACUGGAAGACAAGCAAGACCAUCCGCGGAGAGAGCCGGCAUCUCCCUUGAUCCCCGACCUGCCAGAAGCUCCCCCAGUCACUUCUCCACCCCUUGCUGGAACAGCUGUGCAAGAAGAAGGUGAAAGUGAAGCUGAUUCCCAACCAGGACAAUUAGAAGAGGAGGAAGGCAAUUUAGCUUCAUCUGGAGGCCAGAGCCAUCCAAAAGGGGAUAAGGAGAAGAAAGUGGAACAUGGUCCAGAAGGCUCCGAAGGGAACUUGGAGGAGGUUGGAAAAUCGCAGGAAAAUUUAGGAUUUGGUCAUGCAAGCACAAAGGGACAGAAAGGUGAGCCUGGGGCCCGCGGUGAGCCUGGCCCUAUGGGACCCCAAGGACCCGCCGGCUCUGUUCUUCAAGGCCCAGGCGACCCCAACGUGGAGCAAGUUUCAGGGCCACAAGGACCCCCAGGGCCAACUGGCUCUCCAGGGAUUGACGGAUCCCCAGGAAAAGAUGGUGAACCCGGCGUUCCUGGUGAAGAUGGUAAACCAGGUGAUAUUGGGCCUCAAGGUUUCCCUGGAACACCUGGAGAUAUUGGUCCUAAGGGAGAUAAGGGGGAUCCUGGUGUUGGCCCUAGAGGCCCCCCUGGGCCCCCCGGGCCACCUGGACCUCCUGGAUCUUCCUCGAAAACUGACAAGCUGACUUUUAUUGAUAUGGAAGGAUCCGGAUUUGGAGGCGAUUUGGAAAGUUUGCGGGGCCCAAGAGGUUUUCCUGGCCCCCCAGGACCUCCUGGAGUGCCUGGAUUGCCGGGCGAGCCGGGGAGAUUUGGUACCAAUGGAACAGAUACUCCAGGGCCCCCUGGGCUUCCUGGUUUGCCAGGCCGAGAUGGGGCCCCUGGACCACAAGGACCCCCAGGUCCCCCAGGGCCACCCGGAAAAGUUGGAAACCAAGGAGAGAUGGGGCUAAAAGGAGAGGAUGGUGUCAUAGGCCUCCCUGGAGCUCCUGGACUCAAGGGGAGCAAGGGAGAAGAUGGUCCCGUUGGAAAACCAGGAGAAGCGGGUGCGGUUGGUCAGCCUGGACCCAUAGGACCCCCAGGGCAGCCUGGCCCACCUGGCCCACCCGGCCUCCCGGCUCCUGGCUUUGGAGCUGGAUUUGAUGACAUGGAAGGCUCCGGGAUUCCAUUUCUGACUGGUGGGCCUCAGGGCCCACCUGGACUGCCUGGACUCAAGGGUGAUGAUGGAAUUCCUGGAAUAGCUGGUCCACCUGGAGAGAAGGGAGAUCAUGGAGCCCCUGGCUUGCCUGGCCAACCUGGGAUGGAGGGUCCUGAAGGGCCUCAGGGCUCAAAAGGUGACAAAGGAUCCCCAGGAGAAAAAGGAGAACCAGGGAAGGAUGGAGUGGGCCAUCCUGGCUUACCCGGACCACCGGGACCACCUGGACGGAUGGUCUAUGUAUCACCUGAAUAUGGUUCAACUGGACCAAAGGGAGACUUAGGAACAAAAGGUUACUGGGGUACUCCAGGACCGAAGGGUGAAAAAGGAGAGCCAGGAAUGGUUGUUGGUUCUGAUGGCAUGGUCUUAGCACCUGGACAGAAAGGAAACAAGGGUGACCCAGGCUUCAGGGGACCCCCUGGUCCCUACGGACGGCCUGGGCACAAGGGUGAAAUCGGCUUCCCAGGGCGACCUGGUCGUCCUGGGAUGAAUGGACUGAAGGGCGAGAAAGGUGAACCGGCAGAUGUCAGUGGAGGAUUUGGCUUCAGGGGUCUGCCCGGUCUCCCCGGUCCCCCAGGUCCCCCCGGCCCUCCUGGUGCUUCAGUUCCUCUCUAUGAUAGUAACGCAUUUGGUGAGACUGGUCCCGCUGGGCCUCCAGGAUUACCCGGUUUUCCAGGUACCCCGGGACAGAAAGGUGAAAAAGGAGAUAUCGGUCCUGCGGGGCCCCCAGGACCAUUCCCCUAUGAUUUCAGCCACUUUGGGACCAGUGUUAAGGGAGAAAAGGGAGCGCGAGGAGACGCUGGGCAGAAAGGUGAACGGGGUGAACCUGGAAGCGGUGGAUUCUUUGGAUCAAGUGCCGCUGGCCCCCCUGGCCCUCCUGGCCCUCAGGGGUAUCCUGGAAUUCCGGGUCCUAAGGGAGAUAGUAUAAGAGGCCAACCUGGCCCCCCUGGACCUCAAGGACCCCCUGGCAUUGGAUAUGAAGGGCGACAGGGACCUCCAGGUCCCCCCGGACCCCCUGGACCACCCUCCUUUCCGGGACCACAUAGACAGACGAUAACUGUUCCUGGACCUCCAGGCCCCCCCGGCCCCCCCGGUCCCCCAGGAACCACAGGACCAUCAUCAGGGCAGCUGAGAAUUUUGUCAACAUACCAAGCCAUGCUAAACAAAGCCCGUGAGCUGCCAGAAGGGUGGGUGAUCUUUGUGGCGGACAGAGAGGAGCUUUAUGUCCGGGUCCGGAAUGGAAUCAGGAAAAUCAUGCUUGAGGCUCAGAUUCCACUCCCACAGGGAUCGGAGAACGAAGUGGCGGUGGUACAGCCCCCCGUGUUUCAGUACCCCCAGUCAGGCUCUCAGUUUAACGAUGGCAACAACCCUUACCCCCGCCGAGAACACCCUUACUCCACCGCCAAGCCCUGGAGGUCUGACGAUAUCCUGCCUGGCUACCCCCGCUACCCAGACCAGUCCAACAGUCGUCACAAUUAUCACGGGGCCCAGCAUCACCAGGAGCAUCAACACAGCCUCUACCCCAACCUGCGGCCUCAAUACCCUAUCCCCUCCGCAGUUCACACCCACCACGACUUCCAGCCUGCUCUCCACCUGAUUGCGCUGAACACCCCGCUGAGCGGCAGCAUGCGUGGCAUCCGGGGCGCCGACUUCCAGUGCUUCCAGCAGGCCAGGGAGGUGGGCCUGACUGGCACCUUCCGAGCGUUCCUUUCAUCCAGACUACAGGACCUCUAUAGCAUCGUCCGGCGAGCGGACCGGAACGGGGUGCCGAUCGUCAACCUCAAGGAUGAACUUUUGUUUAACAACUGGGAGGCCCUAUUCUCUGGCUCAGAAGGCCAGCUGAAGCCUGGCUCUCGCAUCUUCUCAUUCGACGGAAAAGACGUCCUGAGGCACUCUUCCUGGCCGCAGAAGAGCGUGUGGCAUGGCUCCGACUCCAAGGGCCGACGGCUGACCGAAAACUACUGUGAGACCUGGCGGACGGACGAGGCCAUGGUGACGGGCCAGGCCUCCUCCCUGAUGUCCGGCAAGCUGCUCGAGCAGAAGCCCAUGAGCUGCAGGAACGCUUUCGUCGUCCUUUGUAUCGAGAACAGCUUCAUGACCUCCUUGUCUAAGAAAUAGAGGCCCGGACUGCAAACAACGGACGGACAGGAGGAGGGCGAGAGGGAGAGGGCAGAGAGACCCCCGCCUCUCCCCCCCGACCAAACCGCCGCAGGAAAAGGCCGGCCGGGCUCCCAAGGGGGGCAGUGUUACCAGACAGAGUAACCUAGCCAUUGGGUUUUCUUGUACAGCUCAUACAUUCAUGUAAUCAAUCAAGAAAUAAAAGAAGCCAAAGAGUGUAUUUUUUAAAAAGUUUAAAACGAAAGAACCUGAUGCUGAGACUGUUUCUCCCUUCUCCCCCUCUAUCCACUCACUUGAGGCCCAUACUCCUCCAUGACCCCACCCGGAAGUCAUUUAAAAUGGCUCCCGAAGCCUACGCUGAAGGGAAUCUGGACCCGAGGCAUUCGGUUUUCCUUGUGUCCCUGACCCUCUUCACCUAACCCAGAUGGUGCACGCCCCUUCUUCUCUACCCUGAGCAUUUUGAACCAUUACACCCAGGUGGAAGGGAGCAGCUAGUUCCCCCCUUUCUAUGUCCUUUUUCUCCUCUGUCUACAGGAUGCCCCUUUUAUCGAGAGAGACCAAGGGUUUGUAGCUUGGUCAAGCCAAGGCGCUUACAGAAGCGGUUGCCUAAACAGAGACGGCCCUCACGAGUUAAGACGUUCCUCACCUUGUUCCGAUGUUCUGUUUGGAUCAACAUUUCCCAUCCAGGAAUACUUAUAAACACGUCCCUCUCUGUGGUCGGCUCUCUAGGAAGCCCGCUGCAAGUUAGCCCCGCGCCAGGCCUUCUUUUCUUCCUGUCUUGACCCAGCAAACAGGGCUUGGUUUUCCCAAGGCUCUUGGUUAUCCCUGGAACUUUAAAAUCCAAAGGGAGCUAGCUCCACCGAGGCCCUUUUGUUUGGGAUGCUUAAAACCCGACUUCACAGUCCCACUUGGAGUCUACUCUCCAUGCAGACCAAAGCCCUGUUCCUGCCCACACCUGUGGAGGAUUUCAGCUCUGCUUUUGGCUGUACCCAAUCCAUGUGUACUUUUCUCCUGUUUAAAAAGGCAAACCAGCAACCGGGACCUAUGGUAUGGGCUUCCUGCGUAUCCGAGGGAGACUCCGGUAGUGGUGCAAGUGGCCCGGUUUUAAAAAGCCCUCGGGAACUACCUCUGCCUUCAGUUGUCAGUCCUAACCAACCCUCUCCGGGGAUGGAGAGGCCCCUUCUUUUCUCCCUGGAUUGACAGUCUAAUCUCAGUGCAGAUACCCAUUGUAUUUCCAGCUGGCGUUGCUUCUCUGGCCAUAGAAGAGGAAGUAAAACUCCAGCCCAGCAGCCACUGAGGGAGUCCACAGUCAAUCCUCACACUACACUGGCUGAAUUCUCUCUUUUCAGGCCUGGGGGGUCUGGUGUAUGAUAUUUAAAGAAAAGAAAAAUGAAAUUCAGGUCUGGCCAUAGAAAAGACAAUGUUGAAUGUGGCACUAAAUGUGAAGAUUUCAAUUGUUUGUCCAAAAAUUUAGAAAAACCUGCUUUGGGUUAGUUUGGUUUUUUUUUUCAAUUUUUCAAUUCAGACUUUCCCCUCACACCCAGCCUGUUGGGUAAGUGUGUUUUGCUUCAUUCUGUGGAUUAGAUGCUAGUCUCUGGGGGUUUAAGGAUUUGGCUGGAAUUCAGGCCCCUCCUUCCUUCUCAUUUCCUUCCUGAUGAAAGAUCUCAAAUUCUCACAGGACAGUGGUUGCUUCAGACUCAAAAGGGCUCAGCCUGAUGACUUUUGAUUUGGGGUACUGCUCCAUCCCUUCUAGAAAUUAGCCUUGAUAACUUCAGUAGAGCAGUUUUCUGUGGGGUCCCAUCCGCCCCUCUGCAGCCCCUCAUGCUGCACAAACCCAGGAGCGAAUGGCAUGACUUUUGUCCACUUUCAGCUCUGGUUUUUCUCAUGACAUGACCAAAGCCCCUGCUCUUCUUGAAAACCACAGGACAAGAGAUUGCUGAGAUGUUUUUCAACUCAUCAUCCCACCCCCAUUCACCUCCAUCUCUAUUGCAUAGCCAUGUGAGACAGGCUAACUAUUCAAUUUUAACAUUGUCACUACAAGCAUGGAGAUAUGUCCCUGGAGCACUGCUCAAUUGGAUAUACCGUUUCGGGCUAGCGACAUCAGUCAGAGAGAGGCAGUAAAAACAGUUCUGAGCAAAUCUUUUUGGUACUUUUAUCAAUGCUGAUUUUUGUGUAAACUGGGAAAGAAGGGCCCCUUGCCACCCUUGGCUUCCACAGUCCCCAACGUUUUGCUUUCAAAGCUUCCGUCUUGUAUUCCCCUGGGCUGAUAUUUUUAGGAGCCGGGCAAAACAGUUGGGAGGUAAAGAAUCUGAGCGUACUUCGGUUAUAAGGGGGAGUUGACAUGAAAAGCAAAUAAUUGUGGGAUGUGCUGGAGGAAAGAGCAAGAGUGGAAGGAGCAACAGAUCUCAAGUACCAACUGUCAGUUUAAAAUGCACAAAGGGGUUAUGACUAGAAACAGAUUAUUAAUGUAUACCUACUUCCUCAGAGCACAGAGAGCCUGUUCCUUGCAUGUGCCUAGGAAAAAUCAAGAUGGCCCCGUUGGGAUUUUUGAAAGGGAUGGGGAGGUUUGGGGGCUGAAAGCCGAUCUGGCACCUGUACCUUCAUCUGGCAUUCGCUUGGGUGGUAUGUGGCAAUUUUUUUUAUUAAAACCCUUAGAGGCCUGAAAAUGUUUUUAACUGCACCGUGAAUGGAGAAGAGGAAUACUGUAAGACUUGCAACUUUGGGAUGGGAGUGUGAUGGUGGAGAAAGGACAGAGGGACAGCGAGAGAAAGUGUGUGUGUAUUUGUGUGUGUGUUUGUAUUUACGUGAACAAAGGAGAAAAGCUUCUAUUCAACCACUAAAGUGAACUCAAACUACAAGUUUGAAUGUUAGAUGAAUAUGUGCUCAUCAAUUCUAAAAAAAAAAUCACAUUUUGUGGUUGACUGUUUCUAUUGGCAUCCCAGCCACGAGCUGUCUGUUUCCAAGCCAGAAAUCUUGGUGACCCAUAUGUGCUAUGUAUGCAUUUGUUAAGCACUGAUUAAUCUGAAAACAUGAGGUGCUAAGUAUUCAAUUAACUUUUUCAUAUCACUCUGGAGUGAUUAUAACAAUCUAAGCCACCCAAUCUAUCUAUAUCUUACUAUGUCUACUGUAUUUUGUGUAAAUGCAAUUUAAAACCUGUGGAAACUUUUAUUUUGUCUAUUGUGUGCUACAAACCAUUUUCUAAAGGCACUGACUGAAUAAAGAAAAUUUCCUCUUGGACCUGA